AACGUAUACAAAUAAAAACACGCGUGUUAAAGCAUGUGGCAAACAGUUGUUUGCUGUCUUUUAAAUUAUUCACCGAUGGGAAGCAAGCAUUUGUUCGAUACUACUACGAGUUACAUUUUAUGCCGUCGAUGUGGAGCAGACCUCGCAGAUACAAAACAUAUUAUAAAUCAUUUAAGUCCUGAAGCUAACAUCGCAAUUAAUCAAACUAUUUUUGAACAAAAGGACGUAGCAGUACAAGUUUUUAGUAAUUCAUUAGGCAUAAAAUUUUAUUCUAUUUCAUUUUCUAAUACAAAAUGUACUGCAAUAAAUAACUGGCAACAGAAUUUUACCUGGUAUCCUGGAUAUGCGUGGAAGCCUUGUAUUUGCAAACAGUGUGGAGUUCAUCACGGAUGGGUCUUUGAACCAAUAGAGUCUAUAGACUUUAACCCAAAUCAGCCUUCUAAAAAGGGAUUUUUUGUACUUAAACUGGCUUUUUUGUUAAAUAAGAAAUUUGCUGAUUCGCUCAUAGUUGUACCAAAAUCAUAUAUGAAUUAAACAAUGGAAUUAAUAGAACAAGAAAAUUUUAUAAAAGAAUGCGAAGAAAAAUUUAAAGACCGUUACACAGAUAAAGAUG